AUGGAAAAGCAAGAAAUGCCAGUUACAAACAUGAAUGAUCGUAAUGCUCAUGCUAUAUCAGCUAGUCGUAGUAUUUGUCGAGCAAUAAAACAGAGUGAUGCUUCUUUAAGACAAAAAUAUUCAUUUUUAUACCAUCAAGAUUUAAUUUGUGCCAUAAUCUUCAUCGGUUCAUUAUUACUAAUUUCGUUAUUCUCAUAUCUUUAUUUAUCUAAUUAUAUUUCUGCUAUCUCUGCUAUAUUGUUAACAGCAUUACCAUUAUCAUUGUUACAUGAAUUAGAACAUGAUAUUAUUCAUAAUUUAUAUUUUAAGCAGUAUAGAUGGAUUCAAAAUAUGAUGUUUGUAUUUAUAUGGUUAGUAAAAUUACACGGUUCACCAUGGUAUCGGCGUCAAUUACAUUUAAAACAUCAUCUUUUAUCUGGUCAAACAAAUGAUGCUGAAGAACGGUUAAUAGGAUUAGGUUUAGCACCAGAUUAUAAAAGAAUGGCUGUUAGCUUACAUCCGUUUGGUGGACUAUUGGUCAGUGAUGAUAUUAGUAAAGAUGCAAAAUAUAUUGAUUUAGUUACUAUGAAACUCAAAAAUGCACCAACGGCUCUCAUAUUCUUUUUUAUUACUAGAACUUUCAUUACUUAUAACAUAUUAUUCUUUAUUUAUUAUUGGUUAAAUUACGAUAUUCAUACAAUAUAUGGUAUUCAUACAUUUUAUCCAAUUAUUCAUAAUUUGGCUAUUUGUUUAUGUUUUCCAAAUUUAUUAAGACAAGGUUGUUUAGUAGUAAUGUCAAAUUCGACUCAUUAUUAUGGUGAUAUACCGUUGAAUACUGUCUAUUAUCAAAAUCAAAUAUUAGAUUCAUGGUUUGUAUUUCCAUUUCAAUUAUUUUGUUUUAAUUUUGGUGCGACACAUAUUGUACAUCAUUAUGUUGUUUCACAACCAUUUUAUAUUCGACAUUUCACAGCUAGAUCAGUAAAAGAUAUGAUGGUUAAGUCAGGUAUACGUAGUAAUGAUUUUGGUAUAUUAUGGCGUAGUAAUCGUUAUACUAUUGAUCUAAAAGAAGAUGAGAAACAAAAGUUAUAUGGUAAAUGCUGGUUCGGUGCAUGCUUGCUAUUAGGUUUUCCUUUGUAUAUAAUAUGGGAUAUAAUGGUCAUGCAUAAAUCAAAUAAAAAUAUACUAAGAGUAAUUAGUAAAAGACUAUCAAAAGGAAAUAGUAAUACCAUAAAACAACUUGAUAACGAUAUUGGUAACGAACUAACAACUAAUAAAAAAACUGAUGAGAAUAACGAUACAGUAACAAAUGGUUGUGUAAACAGGUUGAAUACAUUGGUCAAUAACAUAACAUUAUUCGAUGUGUCGGCAGAUCAAGUGGAACAAGUGAGUGAUGCUGCAGUUGAAGCUUAA